AUGGGGGGCCUGAAGGACGAGCUGCUCAAGACCAUCUGGCACGCGUUCACCGCGCUGGACCUGGACCACAGCGGCAAGGUGUCCAAGUCGCAGCUCAAGGUCCUCUCCCAUAACCUGUGCACGGUGCUGAAGGUGCCCCACGACCCCGUGGCCCUGGAAGAGCACUUCAGGGAUGACGACGAGGGGCCCGUCUCCAAUCAGGGCUACAUGCCCUACUUAAACAAGUUCAUUCUGGAAAAGGUCCAAGACAACUUUGAUAAGCUUGAAUUAAAUAGGAUGUGUUGGACCCUCUGCGUCAAAAAAAACCUCACAAAGAAUCCCCUGCUCAUCGAGGAAGAAGAUUCCUUUAAAGUGUGGGUUAUUUUCAACUUUUUAUCUGAGGACAAGUAUCCAUUAAUUAUUGUGCCGGAAGAGAUUGAAUACCUGCUUAAGAAACUGACAGACGCCAUGGGGGGAGUUUGGCAGCAAGAACAGUUUGAAGAUUAUAAAGUCAACUUUGAUGACGGGAAAGACGGCCUCUCGGCGUGGGAGCUGAUCGAGCUCAUUGGAACCGGACAGUUUAGCAAAGGCAUGGACCGGCAGACGGUGUCCAUGGCCAUUAAUGAAGUCUUCAAUGAGCUGAUAUUGGAUGUGUUGAAACAGGGUUACAUGAUGAAAAAGGGUCAUAGACGGAAAAAUUGGACUGAACGCUGGUUUGUACUAAAACCCAACGUUAUCUCUUAUUAUGUGAGUGAAGAUCUGAAAGACAAGAAAGGAGACAUUUUCUUGGAUGAAAACUGCUGUGUAGAGUCUUUGCCUGACAAAGAUGGAAAGAAAUGCCUUUUUCUCAUAAAGUGUCUUGAUAAGACCUUUGAGAUUAGUGCUUCCGAUAAGAAGAAGAAGCAGGAGUGGAUUCAAGCCAUCCACUCCACCAUCCACCUGCUGAAGCUGGGCAGCCCCCCGCCACACAAAGAGGCCCGCCAGGGCCGGAGGGAACGCCGGAAGAAGCUGCUGGCUGAGCAGGAGGAGCUGGAGCGGCAGAUGAAGGAGCUCCAGGCCGCCAACGAGAACAAGCAGCGGGAGCUGGAGACCGUGAGGAAGAAACUGGAAGAAGCGGCCUCUCGGGCAGCAGAAGAGGAAAAAAAACGCCUGGAGACACAAGUGGAGCUGCAGGCCCGGUUCAGCACGGAGCUGGAGCGGGAGAAGCUGAUCCGACAGCAGAUGGAAGAGCAGGUUGCCCAGAAGUCCAGUGAGCUGGAGCAGUACCUGCAGCGCGUGCGGGAGCUGGAGGACAUGUACCUGCAGCUGCAGGAGGCCCUGGAGGAUGAGCGGCAGGCCCGGCAAGACGAGGAGACAGUGCGGAAGCUCCAGGCCAGGUUGCUGGAGGAGGAGUCUUCCAAGCGGGCGGAGCUGGAGCGGUGGCACCUGGAGCAGCAGCAGGCCAUCGAGACGACGGAGGCCGAGAAGCAGGAGCUGGAGAACCAGCGCGUCAUGAAGGAGCGGGCCCUGCAGGAAGCCAUGGCGCAGUUGGAGCAGCUGGAGCUGGAGCGGAAGCAGGCGCUGGAGCAGUACGAGGGGGUUAAGCAGAAGCUGGAGAUGGCCACCAGUAAGACCAAGAGCUGGAAGGACAAAGUGGCCCAGCACGAAGGGCUCAUCCGCCUGAUAGAGCCAGGUUCCAGGAACCCCCACCUCGUCACGCACUGGGGCCCGGCCGCCUUCACGCGGGCGGAGCUGGAGGAGCGCGAGAAGAGCUGGAAAGGGAAGAAGGGCACCGAGUGA